AUGACAAAGAAGACUUUCACUCGCCACUCGAACCCUUUGUCUCUGCAGACUGACUUUGGACUUUUGAAAGGAUUGCGACCCUUUGUGUUGGGGUACCACUUUGUCCAUGUUCGUCGAGUUAUCGAUGGCCGGUACUGUGUCCUGGGAUAUAAGUUUGGGCUUCCGUGGCUGGCUCUCUGUGUCAGCCUCCACAACCCACCUCUCACGUCUGCUACUAGUCGGAAUCGAGUCGCUCCCUACAACAGCACCGCUACCAUGUCGCUCUUUGAAUCCGAACCAACACCUACUAUCUCACUUUCAGAGGAUCUCGCACAAAAGCACUAUCCCAUAUACUUUACCCAAGAAGAUCUCCUCGAGCUCUCCGAUUGCGAUAGCGCGUCCACCUGUUCUAGCCGUGGCACGACUCUCGUAUCGGACUUGGACUCCGUGUCACCUUUCGAUGCCACCGCAACCUUCGACAUUUUCUCCGAAGAGGAAGAAUGGGGCUGUGACGAGGAAUUUUCAUCCACACACGACUACACUCAUAAUGAGGGGUACUCUAACUUAUUCACCGCCGUAAUGAAGCACAAGGGCUAUCUAGAGCAGUUGCUCGAGCAUACCGCCUCCGCCUGGUAUCCGUGCCGCUGCGAGUUCUGUCAACUUGAGGACGGUAUCCUCGAUUUAUUCUAG